UGGCCCAGCUGAAGCCCCGCCCCCUCGCCUCCUCUCGGAGCCCGACCGGCUUGCCCGGCAGUCCGCUGAAUGUUCUCGGCUCGGAUGUCCGCGGUCGCGUCCAGCGCCAUGUCCUGCUACAUCUACCAGCUGCCCGCCUGGGUGCUGGACGACCUGUGCCGCAACAUGGAUACGCUCAACGAGUGGGACUGGAUGCAGUUCGCAUCCUAUGUGAUCACAGACCUGACACAGCUGCGGAAGAUCAAGGCCAUGGAGCGGGUGCAGGGCGUGAGCAUCACCCGGGAGCUGCUGUGGUGGUGGAGCAUGCGGCAGGCCACUGUGCAGCAGCUGCUUGACCUCUUGCACCGCCUGGAACUCUACCGUGCCGCCCAGAUCGUGCUGAACUGGCAGCCUGCUCUGGAAUCCGGAUCUUCUAGCCCAACCUUUCUUCAGCCUGCAACGCCAGGGAGGCCUGAGAGAAGCACUGGGGAUGAACGGGAGAAGGGGCAGCCCGUGGGGCCGGCCAGCCAGUCACAUCCAGGAUCUGCUUCCACUGGAGCCCAGCAGUCCUUUUCCUCACCAACUUUUGAAGAGGACCCCUCAGAUUCUAAGGACUUCAGCACAUCCGUUCCUCAGCAGGAACUGUUGCUCCCAGCUGGGGACAGCCUUUUCUGGAGGGAGGUGGACGUGGUCCAGGCGACCCAGGACUUCAGUGAAAGCCACCGCAUCAGCCAUGGGAGCUUUGCUGACAUCUACCGAGGACAGAGGCACGGGAAGCCAUUUGUUUUCAAGACCCUCCGAGAGGGCACCUGCUCAAGUCCAGGGUCAAUUGAAAGAUUCUUCCAGGCGGAAAUAGAAAUGGGCCGCAGGUGCUGCCACCCCAACGUCUUACUUCUGCUGGGCUUCUGCACGGGCAGAGCGUUUCACAGUUUGGUCUACCCCUACAUGGCUAACGGCUCUCUACAGGACAGGCUGCAUGGUCAGGGCAGCUCAGACCCCCUCAGCUGGCCCCAGCGCAUCGGCAUCUGCUCUGGGCUGCUUAGGGCUGUCGAGCACCUGCAUGGCUUGGAUGUUAUCCACAGCAACAUCAAAAGCUCCAACGUGUUGCUGGACCAGAAUUUCACCCCAAAGCUGGCUCACCCAGUGGCUUACCUGUGUCCUGUCAACAGAAAGUCCAAGUACACAGUGAUGAAAACGCACCUUUUCCAGGCUUCGGCUGCGUACCUGCCUGAGGAUUUCAUCCGCGUGGGGCAGCUGACGAAGCGCGUGGACGUCUUCAGCUGUGGGAUAGUGCUAGCCGAGACCUUCACGGGCAUCCCUGCCGUGGACAACACCCGCAGACCAGCCUACUUGAAGGAUUUGCUCCUGUGUGAGAUCCCCAGCACUGCCACAUCGCCCUGCUCCGGAAGAACCUCCUUGGAGGCUGAGGUGGCAGAGAAGGUGAGGGAUGUCUGCGAGAAGCUCCUGGAGAGAAGGGCAGGGACUCCGCCUGCCGGUUGUGCACGGGCUCUGGCUGCCGCCUGCCUCUGCCUGCGGAGGCGCAAUGCCAGCCUGGACCAGGUGCGCGACUCAGUGGGCGCUGUGGAAAAGCAGCUUGGCUCUGAGGGUACAGAGCCCUCCUCUAACACCCCAGAGGAAACAGAUGAUGUGGAUAAUCCCAACCUUGAUGUCUCCUGCUCCACCGGGGCUGUGGGCAUCCUGCAGAUUGCAGCCUCAGCCCUGCCUGCAGAGAGCCGAGGAGGAGGCCCCGAGGGGGCCGAGGCCUGUGCGCCCCUGGAGCCUGCUGAGGAUGAUACAGAGACUUCAUGGAAAAUCGAGAUCAACGAGGCCAAAAGGAAGCUGAUGGAGAACAUCUUGCUCUACAAGGCUGAGAAGCUGGACAGUGUUGAACUUUUUGGCCCUUGAUGAUGGGGGCCAAGGACCCCUACCCCCACUGAAGGAAGAUCAGCAAAGCACAAAAAGGGGCUGAGGGCAGAAUCUGAGAAGGUCAAGCGACAUGGACACCAGACAGCACCUCUCUGAGAGUGAACUUGGGGACAGGGAGGCCUCAGCUUUUAGUGACAAGGCCUGAUGGCCAGAGUGGGCUCUGGGAGAGUGAGGUGGAAACUGGGGGUGCUGUGUGAUCAUUGUCCCAGCAGCUGCUGUCACCCAGCUCUCUCCACAGGACUGCUGAUAGGAAGUCCUGUGAAGCCCAUGGGGUUCUCUGAAGCUGACAUCUGAGUCAUAGUCGCCAACAAGCACCUACAGACUUAUACACUGUGUAAGAUUGUCCAGAUGCGCCCGUGCAGUUCCCAUUGCCCUCCUAAGGUGUCAGCUAGUUCUGAUGCCAGACACCUGGCUCAGGGCUCGGAGGCCUCUUUGCUUCCUGUGGGGAAUCUCGCAACCUGCAGGUAUUUACUGAGCACAGCCCAGUUCCGUCUGCACAUUGCACGGAUGCCCAUGUGUUUGGUGCAGUUUCUGCUUCAAGUGUGUUAUUUAUGGCCAGAUGGGGAGUUGGGAGAACUAGUUCCACUAGCCUCAUGUGAGCCUGCUACUGAUUGAAUCAAUCACUUCUUUUCUGGAACCUCUAAGUAAGGAACUAGCUGCUCCUGCU